UGAUACAACUGUGUAAACAUUUAAACUGUUGCCACUUACGUGCAUUCCAUAUCAACUGCGGAUACUUUUUUCAAUGAAUUCAGUCAAUCAUUCGAUGUUACUAUUAUUGUGUUGAAAAUACUCUAAAAAGAGUUGGAAUUCAUUAUUAAAUCGAUAAUCGUAAUAAAAAGUGUUGGUGAAUAAAAGGGGAAAAGUUCAAAGCAUGCAAGAGGUCGAUACGCGAAUGUGGCUAUAGAAUGUUGGUUAUUUUCGCGCGGUUUCCGCUGCCUGCACCAAUACCAGUACCACUUCCUUCGAAAGCUAGAACAUUCUUACCUAGAAUUGUAAAAUCCUGCGAUGAAAGGUAAUUAAUUCACUUUCAGUUUUUUUAUGAAUAUUUCAUAAAUAGUAGAUACAAUCUAAAAACAGCUAAAUUGACAUGAUUAUACUAUUAUGAUGGUGAAAGAAAAUAUUAAACCAAUUGCAGAAUUGUCGGGGCGUCAAGUAGAAUAAAAAACAAAUGUAACACGGAUCGUUUACAAAAUGAUAAGCGUGAGACACGUAGAGCAUUCGUGUCACUGGACGUUUUAUCGCGGCGCCCGCAUCCGCCGUUCCCGAGCGCUUCGGACUACCCGUGACAUGUCAUGUCCAGUGAGAUAACACACGUAGUAAUCUCUCGUUCAAGUUUAACUCGAGAUAAACACACGGCUGACCUAUGGGAUAAUAAUUGUUUAUCUUGUGAGAUGGAUCUGUUGCGUGCUGGCCGCGUGCGCAGGCGGCAUUGUUCGCUACUCACACGCGCCCCACUAACCCAAUUACUUACCGCUUAUUGACAGAACUGUCUUGGCGGCCCAGCUCAUCGUUCAGAGAAAGGUGUACGUUUCAGAAAUAUCAAAAAGUUCACCGACUCGCAUGACUAAUUACUACUUCUCCAUUAUAAUUUGACACAGAUUGACAACUUUGUUCGUUGAACCAGCUCUUACUCUAUUAAUAAGUAUUUUCCGUAUAAAAAGACACUAGCAUUCCACUACAUAAGUUUGCCAAAACAAAAUCGUAAAUACGUAGGUAGACAUCUACGUACGUCGUUACCUAUUAGGUCCUGCAAACGUUUCCAUGUCAAAUAUAUCACGACCGCAGACUUGUGUAAAUACGCAAAUAAAGAAAUAAGAAAAAGUAAAUUGAGAUACAUAAUUAUAACAAGUGUAAUGCGAAGAAAUGCGCGCGCGCACACCGGGAGUGCGCGGGAGGGCGCUCCCACGGGUUGCCGAUAUUUUUAGUCCACGACCAUUACUUGGCACCGGCGGCCGCACUCGCCUGCGCUAGUGAUCUUUCUGAAAUUCGUUCGCGCUUAGGUACGCUCCCAAUCUCGAGAUAGACCCAGUCUAAUGUCCGGUACCGAAGCAUUCACCACUUUUUGAAAAAAAUAUGUUUUGUGUAUUGUGGUUCAUUGUGGAAUUAUGACGUUAUUCGAAUACUACGUAAUUUAUCCAGGGUAAAGUGAGUGUAAAUAAUAAAUAAGUUUAUCGAAUAAACAUGACAACAAUAAACGCCAAUGGAAAUGGCACGACUAGCCCUCGGCGUCAUCGUUACAGCCGGUCGUCUACCACAAGCGUGACACAGCUAUUGUCGGAUGGCUAUUCCAACAUCAUCAAUCGGCUAACUCGACGGGGACCCUCAGAAAAAUCAGAUGUCCCAGACACAAAAUUAAGUGCCGCACGAACCAGAUAUGAUGACAAGUUGCUUUCUAGUAAAAAUUCAGCUCUUGCCAGUGUAAGACGAUACGAAAACUCCAGACAUAUAUCACCGUACACACCUUUGCUUACCGGUGUCUCAGCGGCCACGAGGAAACUGAAUGAUGAUCGUACGUACGGUUACCUGAGCUCACCCAAAUCACGACUUGACAUAUCACCUUUACAUUCUACCUCCGGCAUUAGUGCUCUCGGUCGUAGUGACUCAUUCCGCAGAGCCCAUAUGAAAGAUAAUAAAUCAUCUCCAUUUACCAAACGAUAUCCUCUCAAGGAAGCCAAUAAUAAUGUCGAUAGCACGAUACUUCUAGGAAGUACACGUAGCCGAUUAGAAGAUAAAUAUUCUUCAGUCUUAGACAGAAUAGCCGUCCAGAAAAAAGAGAGAGCUAGAAAAGAGAAAGAAGAUCGUGAUAAAACAUUAGAACCGGAACCUCCUAUGCCUAGAGGAUUAAUGAGAAGCUUGACGACUGCAGUUUUUGGUGAAAGUUCAUUUAAACGAAACAAUUAUUCUCGUGAGAAAACCAGAGACAAGACGCCGUUUAGAAACACAGCUGACCGCCGAUUAUCAUCUAAUCAGAAACAGAAGGACAAAGAUGAAAACAAAAACGGAUAUGAUAUAAUACCCUUAAGAGAUCGUCCAUACUAUGGGAAAGAUAGGGAUAGUGUUUACAGAAGACACCAGAGACGAUCCCUCCGAGCCGAAAAAAGUGAGAACAGUGAUAAGAAAGGUAAAUUAGCACUACGACCUGUCAAUAUCGACAUACAUUCGGGUGUUCGCGAUUUGGUCUCGCCGCUCAGCAGCGAAAAGACAAAAUCAAAAUUAACAAAGACUCCCGCAUCCUCUCCAUCAAAAGAGAUAGUGGGACAAAAGCAAAUAUACUUUCCGUCCAGCGACGAGGACGACGACAAGACCCCGGUGGGAGAUCGGGUGCUGAGCGAGCGAGAGACGCGACGAAAGGAGAUACAGAGCCUCAUAAUGAAGUACGCGCACCUGGACGAGGUGUACGGUCGCAUCGGAGAAAAGGAGGGCAACGAUGUGUCGAACGAAACUGUCGCAACGAAGAAGCCGGAGCCGCUGGGCGUGGGCGACGUGGUGGCGCUGCCGCCCGAGCUGCGCGCGCGCCAGCGCCCGCGCCGGCCGCGCCACCUGCUGCGGCGCGCGGUCACGCCGCCUAGCUCCCGGGCACGCUCCUCCGUCAAGGACGACAAGGACGGACACCUGGUGUACUGGCCCGGCUAUGUCAUGGGAGCGAGAUACAAAAUCAUCGACACACUCGGUGAGGGCACCUUCGGCAAGGUGGUCGAGGUGAAGGAUUUAGAAAUGGAGCACAGAAUGGCUCUGAAGAUAAUCAAGAAUGUUGAGAAGUACAGAGAGGCUGCAAAACUAGAGAUAAACGUACUAGAGAAAUUAGCAGAAGUUGACCCAGAUUGUAAAAACCUAUGUGUAAAGAUGUUAGACUGGUUCGAGUACCACGGACACAUGUGCAUCGCAUUCGAAAUGCUCGGACAGAGUGUAUUUGACUUCCUGAAAGACAACAACUACCAACCCUACCCGCUGGAGCAAGUGCGGCACAUCUCGUACCAGCUCAUCUACAGCGUGCUCUUCCUGCACGACAACAAGCUCACGCACACCGACCUCAAGCCGGAGAACAUACUGUUCGUCGACAGCGACUAUGAGGUCGUCAACGUAUACACGAGCUCCAAAAAGAAUCACGACCUGCUGCGCGUGAAGCGGAGUGACGUGCGACUAAUUGACUUCGGCAGCGCGACCUUCGACCACGAGCACCACAGUACCAUUGUCUCGACGCGCCACUACCGCGCGCCAGAAGUCAUAUUAGAAUUAGGUUGGUCGCAGCCGUGCGACGUGUGGUCCAUCGGCUGCAUCAUGUUCGAGCUGCACCUCGGCAUCACGCUGUUCCAGACGCACGACAACCGCGAGCAUCUCGCCAUGAUGGAGAGGAUCCUCGGACCCAUCCCCUACAGAAUGGCACGCAAAACUAGAACAAAAUAUUUCUACCACGGCAAAUUAGACUGGGACGAAAAAUCGUCAGCAGGCAGAUACGUUAGAGAAAACUGCAAACCACUACUUAGGUACCUGCAAAGCACGUCGGAGGAGCACCGGCAGCUGUUCGAGCUGAUCGGCCGCAUGCUGGAGUACGAGCCGCAGCAGCGCAUCACGCUGCGGGACGCGCUCGCGCACCCCUUCUUCGCCAAGCUGCCGCCGCACCAGCGCCUCGGCAAUGACCGCGCGCGCUGCAACGGCGCCGGCGCGGGCGCGCGCUCUCGCUCGCACUCCCUGUCGCGGUGAGCCCGCCCGCGACUUGUGAAAACUUGUACAGUAAUGAAGUGAUAAGUGAUAAUUAUUUGUCGAACAUUGUAAUCUAGGUAAUAUUUUGUUGUGAAUCGGUACUUCUCAAUUUGUAUUUAUAAAAUAAUUAUUCGAAAUAAAGACUGUCGGUCUGAAACGUUA